CGCCGCGGAGCCGGUGGCGGGGUGGGCUGGGGGAGCCGCAGCUGCCGCCGGUGGCCGCAGCGGGAGAGAGCCGGCCAUGGAUGCCACCACGCUGGAGCGGGACGCGGUGAAGUUCGCGCAGCUGGCGGUACAGCGGGACCAGAGCGGGCGCUACCAGGAAGCGGUCUUCUACUACAAGGAAGCUGCACAAGCCUUGAUUUAUGCUGGGAUGGCAGGGUCCAAUUUGGAAAAUAUUCAAGAAAAAAUAAAUGAGUACUUGGAGAGAGUUCAAGCUCUCCAUUCAGCAGUUCAGUCACAGAACACAGACCCUCUGAAGUCAAAGCAACAGUUGGACUUGGAGCGUGCUCACUUCCUAGUUACACAGGCUUUUGAUGAAGAUGAUAAAGGCAAUGCAGAAGAAGCUGUAGAGUUGUACACAGAAGCGGUGGAACUCUGUUUGAAAACAGCCACAGAAACUUCAGAGGCAAGCCUCCAGUCAAAACUGAAACAGCUGGCUCGACAAGCACUGGAUAGAGCAGAGGCACUGAAGGAAUCUGUGUCAAAGUCAUCUCAGAAGUCAACUGCAGCUAAACCAAAUCAGCCAGUCAGAACGUUCUUUCCAUUAGGACCUGAUUUUUCUUUGAAUGACAAACCACAGAUGAUCAGAGCAGUACAAGCUAGUGAAUCUCAAGGUCAGAGGUACACUGCAGAGGAGAUUGAAGUACUCAGGAAGACUUCAAAAAUUAAUGGCAUUGAAUAUGUACCUUUCAUGAGUGUUGAUCUGAGGGAACGUUUUGCCUUCCCUAUGCCUUUUUCUGAUAAAUGUGGGAAGUUACCAUUAUCCCCCAAACAGAAAGCAAUGUUUGCCAAGUGGGUGCGACCCGAUGACAUAACAAAUAACCCUACGAUGAUUUAUACUGUAUCGAGUUUCAGCAUAAAGCAGACCAUAGUGUCAGAUUGUUCUUUUGUGGCAUCACUAGCUAUCAGUGCAGCAUAUGAACGCAGAUAUAACAAGAAAUUGAUCACAAGUAUAAUUUACCCUCAGAAUAAGAGAGGAGAACCAGAAUAUAAUCCAUGUGGCAAAUACAUGGUGAAGCUUCAUAUCAAUGGUGUGCCUAGAAAGGUAAUCAUAGACGACCAGUUACCUGUUGAUCAUAGUGGGGAACUUCUCUGCUCUUAUUCUAACAAUAAGAAUGAAUUAUGGGUAUCACUAAUAGAAAAGGCUUACAUGAAGGUCAUGGGAGGAUAUGAUUUUCCUGGAUCAAAUUCUAACAUUGAUCUCCAUGCACUGACUGGUUGGAUACCUGAAAGAAUCGCUAUGCACUCUGACAAUCAAGCUUUCAAUAAAGACAGUACUUUCAGAAUGCUUUAUCAGAGGUUUCACAAGGGAGAUGUCCUUAUCACAACAGCAACAGGGGUGAUGUCUGAAGAGGAAGGAGAAAAAUGGGGUUUAGUUCCAACACAUGCAUAUGCAGUCUUGGAUAUAAGAGAAUACAAGGGACUUCGAUUUCUUCAGCUGAAAAAUCCCUGGAGCCACUUGCGUUGGAAGGGACGAUACAGUGAGAAUGACACGAGGAACUGGACCCCAGAUUUACAAAAGUACUUGAACUUUGAUCCCAGAACAGCUCAAAAAAUAGACAAUGGCAUUUUCUGGAUUGCCUGGGAGGACCUGUGCCAGUACUAUGAUGUUAUUUAUUUGAGUUGGAACCCAAGUCUUUUUAAAGAAUCUACAUGUAUUCACAGUACAUGGGAGGCAAAGCAGGGCCCGGUGAAGGAUGCCUACAGCCUGGCUAACAACCCUCAGUACAAGCUGGAGGUCCAGUGCCCACAGGGUGGUGCUGCUGUCUGGGUGCUGCUCAGCAGGCACAUCACAGAUAAGGAUGACUUUGCUCACAAUCGGGAAUUCAUUACGAUGGUUGUGUACAAGACGGAUGGCAGAAAAGUGUAUUACCCAGCUGAUCCUCCUCCAUACAUCGAUGGUAUUCGGAUCAACAGUCCUCAUUAUCUGACCAAGAUAAAGCUGACGUCUCCAGGGCCCCACACAUUUACCUUAGUGGUGUCCCAGUAUGAGAAACAAAACACUAUCCAUUACACCAUCAGGGUGUAUUCCUUGUGCAAGUUCACCUUUUCCAAGAUUCCUACGCCUUACACCAUUUCCAAACGGGUUAACGGGCAGUGGAAAGGUCACAGUGCUGGAGGAUGUGGAAACUUCAGAGACACCUACAAAAAUAACCCCAUCUAUCAGUUCCAGCUGGACAAGAAUGGGCCAUUACUCAUUGAACUACGGGGACCAAGGCAGUACAGCGUGGGGUUUGAACUCGUGACGGUCUCGACGGUGGUUGAUGCCGGUUCCUGCGGCUCUCAGAAGAGGAGCAGCGGUGACUACAGGUGUGGAUUUUGCUACUUGGAAGUGGAGAACGUAUUGGCUGGAGUUUACAACAUCAUCCCCACCACAUUCCUGCCUCAACAAGAGGGGCCCUUUUUCUUGGACUUUAACAGUGCUACUCCUCUGAAGGUAUCACAGCUGCAGUGAGGAGACAGAUCUGUCCAUCACCCUGGAAGGAGCUGGUUUUGAUCUGUCUCACCUGAGAACAGGUGAACAACUCUUACCACACAUAUGCAUAAAAGGAAACUACAAUGUAAGGUAUGGCCAAGAGCAUGGAAUCCUCAGUUCGCCAGUUAACUGUGGCAGACAGUUGGCUGUGGGAUUUGCUGCUCUGUGUCAGAGUGAGCACUGUGCAAGAGGCUGGUGAAGGGGCUAAAAUGCUUACACGAUCAAAGGAAUGGGCAAAACUCACCCCAAAAAUUGCAACUUUUCCCCACUUCAAGUCAAAGUCUGAUGAGUUAAGAGAAAAGCUACUCUCAAAAUCCUUUUCUCCCCAAAAUACAGGGUAUAGAUGGGUUUAAGACUUCAUUCUUAAAAGUAAACAUGUAAGAAAAACCAUUCUUGUGUAUUCUGCUUCUUCAGGCUCAGGACCAAAUAGCUUUAAUUAUAUCUUUGUGCUGCUAUCUGUAAUGUUUUCAGCAUUGAACUAGUUCUCACAUCUAACUGUAAACGUGCUGCUGCUGAGCACAUCCUCUUCCAGACCAAUGUAUCCAGCCCGCCUCAGGCAGGUAUGUAGGAGGAAAGGAAAAGGAAGAUUCUGGCUGUAGCUGUUCCUAAAACAAUGGCUUCACUCACCUUACAUGUGCUUUGAGAGUUGUUAUUUUGUAUCUGUAUUGCUUCAGUACACACUGUAAGAGCACAAGGUGCUCUGUGGCUUUCCUGCUGCUGGCUGUAAGCCCUGGGUGGGAGGUGCAGGGAGGCUCAGGUAGGAGCUUGGUCCCCAGCACCACCCCCCCUUCAGGCAGCACAGCAAAGCCUUUCCUCUAAAGGUGCUGCGCCAGGUUCUCUGCAGCUACUGAGGUGGCUGCUGUUUGCUAGGGAACCAUCCACCAGCAGUAGCCCAGCAAAGGAAGGUUUAAUUCUUUCUGUAAGUAUUCAGCCAUCAGGGGAAGGAUCAUGUAAACCUUCCACCCUCGUAAACCACAGCUGUGAGAACUGCAUAAGCUUCUCCCAUUACACAAGACAUCUUUCAAGAGGUACCUUUUUUGUGGUAGUUGAAACCACUGAAUGAAUGGGGCACUUGGCCAGUGUCAUCCACAGAAGUAGGGCAAGAGUUCUUAAGAAAACGCUGGAAGUGAAUUAGUGCAGGAAGAGAUGUUUUUAAAAGCCUACUUGAGGUGCUCUUCCUCUAGGAGAUCUAUAGAUUUGUAUCUGUAAAGGAUUAAAGAUCACCAAGUUUAAAUACUGCCUCACUGAUCUUAAAAUGUAUUAUUUUGUCUUUCUACAAACAGCAGACUUAAAAUCCCACUACACUUGACAGCUGGGGAGAAGGUGGUUCUGGAACAACCGUAGGAAGUUUGUUUCUUCCAGCCCUGGCAGAGGCUGCCCCAGGAGGGUGGAGGCUCCUUCUCUGGAGGUUUCCAAACCCACCUGGACAUGUUCCUGUGUGACUUGAUCUGGGUGGACCUGCUCUAGCAGGAGGUUGGACUGGGUGACCUCUGGAGGUCCCUUGUAACCCCAACCCUUCUGGGAUUUGCCAUUCAGGGUGGUUUGGCACCUUGCCCAGCAAAACAUCUUAUUUUAGAGCACAGGUGCCAUUUGGUCAUUGGGAAACAGCACAAAAUGCUACAGGAGCAACAGAAAUAUCUGUCAGCUAACAUUGUUCCCAUAAGAAGUCUGCUAUUAUCCCUCUGCAGAAAACACACAACCCUUUUGUUUCAUUUCCUUCAUCAAACAGGUGCUUAAACCACAUUGACUCUAACAGGGCACUGACACCACCUACCUUCCCAACUGCAGUUCUCAAAGAACUCCCCAUCAGUGCAGUGUCUGAGCAGCCAGACAUCUACAAACAGGUUUGGGUACAGCUGGUAGAGGUUCCCAGUGCUUGGUCAGACAGCACAUUUUCAUUGUUUGAUCAUACCAAAGAGAAUCAGGUGACACCUGCUUUAUAUACUGUCACUUCAGGCAGCUGAAGUGAUUCUGUACACUUUGAUACACCAGAGGCUUAUUUUUAUACCACGUCACACAUCAGGAGGCAGAAAGAGCUCCAGCAGCAGAGGAACUGGAGGAAGCUUGCUCACUCACCUGUAGCCACAGCGAUGUGUGUUGGGUUACAUUUGUCAUAUUUGUAAUUCUGGCUUUUACAGAGUUUGCAAUAAAAGCAGUUUCCCAUUAAAUGAUCAGACAUGCAGUUGUGCCUGUUUGAUCCCACAUCUGGAGCUCACCAAGGACAAGAGGCUGCAGCAAGAUCAUAGAAGAGACCUUUAACUGACUGGUGAAGGAGCGAGGGGAGCCCUGUGCCCUCCUCUACAUCCUGCCCACGCCUGUUCCCUGCCGGGAGCUGAGCCCAGGGGGACAGGCCCAGGGCAGCUCUCCCAGCUGCUCUUACAGGUUCAUGAAGAUAAAAGUAAUUCACCACCCAAGCACGGGGAGUUUGGGCUUCUGGUCAGAACUGGCAAGAUGAGAUAAAGCCUGACAGCAAGAGAGGUGAAACAUCACCAAAAAUCCCCCAAACUCACACCCACAUCACCCAGGAAAAGGUCACAGGGGGUGACUGGCAAGCCUGCAAAAGGAAGAUACCCAACUCCCAAUACCCCUGCUACCUUUCCUUGCUGUGUGCACCACAGACCGUGGCUUAACUGGUUUAAGUAAAAACAUUUUGUACAAUGA